CUUUCAGGAACAAUGGACUUGUGUGAUGAUGUUGUAGUUGUAGCGUAUGUGUAGUUGUCUGGGAAGAGGGAAGAGAGACGGCCCUACCAAUUCCUUCUCCGUUCGCCGUAGAUAUCCGAUAUCCAUUAUUAUUAUUAUUGUUUGUAGAAGUAUUAUUUUUCCACUCUCUCGCUCUUUCCCUUUGCAUUACCACCUCUCUCAUUCUCUCGCGCUCUUUUUCCGUCUUUCGUUUCUUUCCUCCCGACAACGUAGCCGUUUCUCUUUCUCUCUGCGGCCCGAACGCGAUGACAAAGGGCAACAGAAUGGAGGAUCUCGAGUAUUCGUGAUAUUCGUCCUCGUUCUACCGAACGCCGCGCUGAGGAGCAACAACACUCGUCACAUAAUCAUCGCUCGACCGUCAUCAGUCGAACCUGCUGACACCGCCGUCCGUCGCCGUUAUGAUUGUUGUCGCAGGGUGAUCGGGGUCAUAAACCUCUUGUGGCCAAGGGUUCAAGGUUGUCGACCACCGGCGGACUAUGAUGAUACAUUAGACGAAUCCUCAUAUCGAAUCAGUACGCGCACACGACACUCGGCUCUCAGGAUAGCCAUUUGAAUUUCUACAACUGUGAUACAUUUCACCCGUAAAAACUGGCGCAUCCGGUAUUGCCAAGACGUUCCGGAAACGUCCACCACGAUGGUCGACCACCGCCAAUCAUGGAUGAAAACAUGCUAGCCCUAUGGCACGAAAAUGACCGAUAUUCAUUCGAGGACUCUGAUCGUUUUGAAGAGGACUCGCUGUGUACAUGGAGCAGCGAGCCGGAAUCAGCGUGUAUCAACUGGAGAGGAUGGAGAAGACCUACCGAACAGAACACUGAAGAUGAGCCUAAAGAAGAGGUUAAACCGUUAGUUGAAUUGGCUGCUCAAUGUGUGGCUUUGUAUAUACCGUAUGAGUUAGUUGAACAAGAAUAUCCACCUGUACCUGAGGAACUCCAGCUUCGCAUUGCUUUCUGGAGCUUUCCCGAUAACGAAGAAGAUAUACGCCUGUAUUCUUGUCUAGCUAAUUCAAAUUCUGACGAAUUCUUACGAGGCCAAAAUUUGUACGUAUCCAACGCAAUUAAAGAUUGUGUGCAAAUAGGAUUCCAUUUGAGUGCCAAUGUUCAUCAUGGUGGCCGAAACGUGUUCAAUGUAGCUAUUACAUUUGAUAGAAAAAAAAUAACAACUUGUAACUGUACUUGUGAGCCUUUGUCGUAUUGGUGUUCCCAUGUUGUUGCUGUCUGUUUACAUAGAAUAUAUCGCCCUGAACAAGUUUGUUUAAGAGCACCUGUUAGCGAGAGUCUUUCACGUUUAGAAAGAGAUCAAUUACAAAAAUUUGCACAGUACCUGAUAAGUGAAUUACCUCAACAAAUACUACCUGCUGCACAACGAUUAUUGGACUCGCUAUUAUCUUCACAACCUUCUGCUAUUAAUUCUACAAGUGGUGCCCCAGAUCCAACUGCUGGUGCAUCUAUAAAUGAACAAACAACAUGGUUUUUAGAUGAAAAAACAUUGCACAACAAUAUUCAGAAAAGUUUGAUCAAAUUUUGUGUUCCUUCACCCCUAGUUAUUAGUGAUGUAAACAUUUUAUCACAAUCUGUUCCACCGGCUACUGCAGAAUGGACCAAUCUAUUGCGUCCAUUACGUGGUCGUGAACCAGAAGGUUUAUGGAAUUUAUUAUCAAUUGUUAGAGAAAUGUUUCGUAGAAAUGACGAAAAUGCUUUACAUCUAUUAGAAGUGCUCACAGUAGAAGCGGUUGCGUGUGAUCAAAUUAUGGUAUGGUGGUUUAAUACAAGAGUGGCAUUACACGGAGGAGGAAGUAUAGGAAUUAAACAUACUGGUCCUGCUGGGAAUACAAAUACAGCAUGUCAUGCUUGUGCUUUGUUAUGUGAUGAAAUGGUUACACUUUGGCGUUUGGCUGUUUUAAACCCAAGCAUUUCACCUGAUCACAAAAUAUCACUAAAAAUGAAAUUUAAAGAAUGGCAAGAAAAUAUAUUUGCUACAGUAAUGAAACAUAGAAAUAUGUCAAAUAGUAAAUCAUUAAAUCAUUUUCGCCAAGACACAGAAAUUUUUGUUGGUUUCAAGCCAGCUUGGGAAGCUUGUGAACUAAAUUGGGAUGAUUAUCCAUUAGCUGGUAUUACUUAUGGAACCACUUGCUGUUGUGAUAACGGUUCAUGUGUGCAUAUUAAACGUAUGGGAACUGCUGCACACUUUAUGACAGAUCAUGUAAACUGGAAUGAAGGUGGUCUAUUAUCUGCCAGGGGGAAUUCUUCGCAGUUAUGUUUGGAUGAAUGUUUCUUGGAUCUAAGAAGUAAUCGACAUUUACACUAUGGAAAUCGAACUCAUCAAUCAGAUUAUUGUAGUAGAACCACCAAAGUGCAUAUGAUUUGCAAUAUACAUAUGUCCAAUAAUAAUAUUAGACCAAUAAAUAAUAUGAUCUGGUUGCCAAAAAAUAAUUUGCGACGUUCACCAGAAGAUGAAAGUGCAAGUAGUAGUGUCACUACACCUGAAGCAUAUUCAAAUAAUGAAUCUUCGAGUGCAUCAGAAAGUUGUUCAAAUUCUAAUGCAACUACAAGUUCCUCUUCAAGUACCCAACCAAGUACACCUCAUCAAGUCAAUAGUGAAUACAAUGUAUCAUCUGAAAGUCAAAGUAGUGAUGAAGGUGAUAGAUUAGCAGCACAAAAAUCUACUUCUUCCCAAACGACUUCUCCACCAGAUGUAGAUGAAUAUAAUUACCUAUAUUAUUAUGAUCCAAAAAAUUUGGCAUCAACGUCAUCGGAAGGUAUUAAAAAGACAGAAACUAAAUCUGAUACUCCACGACCUUCUACAUCAAAAGCAUCAGCACCCAUCACGCCAUUAAUUAAAUUGGAUGAGGAAUGGGAAAUUAUGUUUGCGAGAGCUGAAGGACUUUAUGCUUAUGGUCAUACAAAUGAAGCUUGUGUACUUUGUGUGAAGCUUGUUGAUCAGUUUUUACAAAAUCCUCCAAAUUUUAUUAUUGAAUUACCACCACCCAUAGUAAAAGGAAAACGUAAAAAAAUUAAUCCCAUCUGUCAUCAGCUGUCUACAUUAGCAUCAGAAAUAUUACAGAAAUGCUAUUUUUUGUGUUCCGUAUUAGCUGAACGGAAAGAAUAUUAUUUAGAUGCAUUUAAAAUUGGUUUGUAUGGGUUAGAAUUGCCGAGACUUCCGGCUAGCACAAAACCAUUAGAAGUAAAAAUGACUCAUCAAGAAGGUGAAAUAUUGAAUAAUUUAAAACGUAUGUUGCCUCUGGGUAAGGAACAAGUGAGCAUUAUUCAAGUUCGUGCAAAACUUUUACGUGAUGGCCAAUACAAAACACGUGGUGAAUCAUUGCUGCCUUUAAAUUUGGCUUCCUUUAUCUUUGAAUGUUUGGUGUUGAAUCAGUCACCUACACAGGAUAAAGUUUCUGAUGAAACAUUAGGUUUUGAAGCAUCAGUGGCAGCUUUAGGUAUGAAAGCCAAUAUUAGUGAAGCAGACCAUCCACUACUCUGUGAAGGAAUCCGAAGACAAAGAGCUGAUUUGGCUACAAAUAUAUUAAUCCGUUACAAGAAUAAUCCUACACGCUUGGCAAUGGCUAUGGACAAGUUACUAGACAGAGAAGUACAUCCAUUUUUUCAAUCUGCCAUGGAUGCUUGUUGGUAUCAAAUUAGAGAUCCUAGAAAUUUACCUUUAACGACAAUGAAGACGGUUGCUAACAAUAAUAUUCUUAGUCAACCACCACAGUGUUAUAACACAAAUGUUAAAAACGCACCUGGAGAUUUAGAGUCUAAUAUAGGUGGAAUGACAUUGAAUCCAAUACCUCAUCAAACUCAGUCUAGUAGUAGUAACACAGGAUCAUCUCAUAGGAAAGAUAAUAACAGGUAUAAAAGUAAUAAGCGCAUAUACCCCAGUCAACCUAAUCAAGCUUCUGAAGCAAAUGCUCACCAUCUUUUUGAAUUGGGUAAAACUAUUUUGAGCAAAGUUGGUGGACCUUUACAAACCACAGUGUUCUCGCAACCUCCAUUGUCUGCCCAACCGCACCGUGCUUUACACAUGUGUGCAUUCCAACUUGCCUUGUAUUCUUUGGGACUUCUUAAUCGUGUUACACCCAACUGGAUUAGUCGUAAUUAUUCAUCCCAAGUGACAUGGAUUGGUGACCAUGCAAUGGAAAUAGGUGCACCUGCUACAUUAUUUUUACUUGGGACAUGGGAUGGCCAUUUGACACCAGUUGAAUUAGCAAAUAUUGCCGAUAAAAUGUCAAGAAGCCAUGAACGUAAUACUGUUGAAGCAGCAGCACAAUUAGCUUUGUCAUGUUUAAAACAUUCCGUUGCUCUCAAUCCUAAUGAAAUAACCAGAGCUAUUGUACAGUGUAAAGAACAGUCAGAUCAUAUGAUGGAAAUUGCUUGUCUAACUGUAGAAAUGGCGGCUAAAGGUGGGGGAGUUUUUCCUGAAGUCUUAUUCAAUGUAGCUAAACAUUGGUUUGAUUUGUACAUGAGGAAUUCUAACUCCGAUGAAGAUAAUUAUAUGUUACAAGUAGACCCAAGAGAAGAAUUCAAGUGUCCUUAUGUGUAUCAAGCCAACUAUUCAAUGUCAGUUGAAACACCCCAACAACCACCCCCACAAUCUCUAUACGCUCAUCAGUUGAUGGUUUCACCACAAACAUCUCCAGCUCAUCUGUAUCAACUAUCAUACUUUUCAAAUCAAUCAAUUCCUCAAAAUUCAGCUCCAUCGAGUUCCCAACAGCCUAACACUGUAAUGUACUACCCAUAUCCAUCUGUACCUACUCAAAGUCAAUACCCACAGUACUAUUCUCCAUAUAUACAGAAUCCUGUUCAGUAUCAAAAUGCAAAUCCUCAAAGCCAACCUCAACCAUCAGGACCGCCUCAAUAUUUUGUUCAACCUCUUAACCAAAAUGGGAAUCAAAUCAGAAAUUCACCACAACAAGCACAGGCUCCACCAAAUUUCCGCCAACUUCAUCAUUUGACAUCUGCCUACCGUGUUGGUUUAUUGGCUUUAGACACAAUGGCUAGACGUAUUCAUGAACCUAAUCAGGCCAAGUACUCAAGAAACCCACCAUUCAGAGAAGACAUUCAAUGGUUAUUGCGUCUGUCGAAGAAACUAGGACCAAACUAUACUCAACAGUUUUGUUUAGCUGUAACCAAUAGUGUGGUUAAUCCUUUCACGCUACAUGAUGUUGCAAUGGAAGCGAUUAUGUACAUGGGACAUUUUAAUCCUAACCCAACUAUGUGCCCAACAUUGAGUCCCUUGGUGGAAAAAUGUCAUUCAAUGUACAUUCAACUGUUACAUCAAAAGUUGUAUCAAUUGUCUUCAUCAGAUUAUGAAGAAUAUGUCGGAAUACUCUAUUCUGCUUAUGGUGCUUUUGCGAUGACACCAGAAGGCAGUACUAUGUUUAAAGAUUGGUUACAGUCAGUUAGGAGGUCGAAAUCAUGUAAAAAAGAACUAUGGACAAUGAUAACAAAUAUGCUACCUACUACAUGACAUUGGUGCUCUGAAGUAGUUGUAUUCUCUGAGGGCAGCGUUUCGCCCUAAACAACAACGUAUAGCUAUUUAGUUUUCCUUUUUAUUUUUCUUAUUUUACUAUUUUUAAACAAUUUAAUACAUACACAGUUUAAGAAAAACGGAUAUCUUAAAUGAUUUUCUAUAUUUAAAUAUUGUGUCGAUCUUAUCUUUUAUCUCAUAACAUUCAUAACAAAUUUUUUAGAAUACAUUAGUUAAUUUUUUUUUUAAUUU